GUGGUGUGCUGCAUUAUCGGUUCCUUCAUCUCCAUCAUAUCAGGAUACGUGACUGGAGUCAUGAGCGGUGCCAUGCUGUUCAUCCAGGAGGAUUUCAACCUCAGCGACGAACAGGUGCAGCUCCUGACCGGCAUCAUGAAUGUCUCCGCCAUCGCCGGCUGCCUCACGGCCGGCCAAGUCUCCGACUACUUCGGCCGCCGACGCACCUUCUCCAUCGCCGCCUGGAUAUUCUUCAUAGGCUCUGUCCUGAUGAGCUUCGCCGGCAGCUUUGGAAUGCUCGUGGCCGGCCGCUGUGUCACGGGCGUCGCCGUCGGCUACGCGCUCUCGACCCCUCCGGUGUACGCGGCCGAGAUCUCGCCCGCAAAGACGCGGGGCUCGCUCUCCUCCAUCCCCGACAUCAGCAUCAACUUCGGCAUCCUCAUCGGCUACGUGGCCAACUACUUUCUCGGUAGGCUGCCGCUGGCCUACGGCUGGCGCGCCAUGUUCGGGGUCAGCGCGCUCCCCAGCGCCGUCUUCGCCGUCGGGGCGGCCUUCCUGCCAGAGUCGCCCCGGUGGCUGGUCAUGCAUGGCCGCGUCGACGAGGCUCUCGACGUGCUCCAGAAGCUAUGCGCCACCGGUGAUGAGGCCCAGGUCCUGUGGAGCGAGGCCGCGCCGCCGGAGGAAUGGAGCGGCGGCCUGGGCGUCUGGAGAGAGAUGUUCCUGCACCCGACGCCACCCGUGCGCCGCAUGCUCGUGGCCGGCAUGGGUGUCCUCUUCGUCCAGCACCUUAGCGGCAUCAACGGCGUGCAGCUCUAUAGCGCGCGGGUCUUCAAGGCCGUUGGGAUCGCCAGCACGAACGAGAUCCUCGCCGCCAACAUCGGGGUGGGGCUGGCCAAGACGGUCUUCAUCCUCACCGCCAUCCUCCUCGUCGACCGUGUCGGCCGGCGUGGCCUAUACCUCUCCAGCCUCGCCGGCGUCAUCGUCUCGCUCUCCUGCCUUGGCCUAAGCCUCACCGUAAUCGAGCACUCCAAGCCCAACCAGGACGUGCCGUGGCCCAGGGCGGCCAUCGCCUCGGUAUUCACAUUCGUGGCCUCAUUCUCCAUUGGCUUGGGCCCCAUCACAGGCGCCUACAGCUCCGAGGUCAUCCCGCUCCGGCUGCGUGCGCAGGGCGUCGGCGUCGGCGUGGCUUUCAACCGCGUCGCCAACGCAACCGUUGCGCUCAGCUUCAUCUCCCUCUCCAAUGCCAUCACCAUGGGCGGCGCCUUCUUCCUCUUCGGAUUCUUGUCCGUGGGAGCGGCCACAUUCUUCUACUUCUUCUGCCCGGAAACUCAAGGCCGGCCGCUGGAGGAGAUCGAGGAGGUGUUCAGACACGGGUGGCGCGAGAGACGACACAACAUGCCUUUUCAUGUAUCCAAGCACACAGAAAUGAGAUGA